AGAUGGCGAUCUUUUGCAAUUGAUGGGUGAAUUGAAGAGUCAAUUGAAGAAAAUCACCAUUACUGAUAAAAGCCGCAUUGAUUCAAUGUUCCUCCGCUAUAAUAAAGAUAGACUUGGCUACAUCGAUCUGGAUAACUUAAAGGAUAUCUGUCACAAGGUGCAUUUGCCAGCUGAUGAGGAUGUCUUAAAUGCGCUAUUGGAUGAGCAAGGAACAAACGGAAAAAUGGAUUUGGAACAGUUCCGCAGAUUCUUUGAAUCAAACUAA